AUGAUUAUUUAAGAGAGAACAAGCAAUCACAUUUAUAAACCAACGGAAGGGGAUUCAUAAUACUAAAUUAUCAUAAAAAGGGAUUAAGAAAUAACUAGACAAUAAAUCGUGAUUAGAUUGCAAGGCCAAAAUGUCAAAUUCUCUGUACCAGACACUCAAGAAGCUUAAGAAUUAAGUACUCUGUUAGAGUAAAGGGAUAAUUUGCCGAAUAUAUAAUAGCUGAAUUAUGUAGAAUAAAUUUUUCAAAAAUACAAUGAGUUUGAAGAACGAUUUAACUUGUUUUUCACUUGUAGUCAUUAAAGAUUUAAAAUUACUUUCGAUCUGAACUAACUUAUAAUUACAAUUGUCUAUUGGAGUACUUUCUUUAGUGUUCUCUCAGAAUCUAUAGUAUAAUUAGAAUUUAUAUUUAGGCUAUCGAGAACAGUUCAAUCAUACAAAAUGAUAAAAUACGCAAAUAAAUAGCUCAUUAGUUGCCUGUGUAUGCUUUUUUAUAUACAAUCUCUUCAUAAAUGUAAGAAUUUAUUAGAAAUUUAGAUGUUAGCAAAUAAAUAAAAUUUUAAUUUGGAUACUUUUGUUUAUAUGUUUAAUAAUAAUACCAUUAUUUGUUCUCCUAGGAUACCAUCUUAAUUUUUUUGGAAAUUACGAUGGGUUUUCUUAGGAUUACACCGGUGUAGGAUAUUGCAUAGUAAGUUUCGCAAUUUUUAUAAACUCACUUAUAAAUAGAGGAUUUUUAACUUUUAUUAAAAAAGUCUCAUCAGCUGUUUUGGCUACCUUAUUUAAUUGCAGCUUCUGUGUAUUAGUGUCAUAUUUCAUACUUUUCAAAAUAGUAGCCUUUAUAUUAUUGGUUUAAUCAACAAAAUUAGAAUAUAUAGUUGAUAAUAUUACUUCAAUAAUUGCUCCAUCUACAUUUUUAGUAAUUUUAUUUUUUUCAAUUUUCUUGAUUAAAGGAUUGUUCUUUUUAAAAAAGAAAACAAUUAAAUAUGACUUAUAUUAGCUUUCGUAAUAAAAGUAUGCAGAUCAAGACAUUAGAAGAGAAUACAGUAAUUACCUAAUGAACACGAAAGCUACAAGAUACUUUACUAAACUAAAACUGAAUUAUGUUGUACCAAUUUUAUUCGCUAUUUCCUAUGCUGUCAUAGAAAUCUUUUGCUAUGCUAAUCUAAUAAUUGGAUUAUAAUCCUAUGAUUUUGAAUAGAUAAUUACUUUCGGAUUCUUACUUAUGGCAAUACCAAUUUUCAUAAUUCUUGGAAUAUGUUUAAGCAAUUCAAGAAUCAAAAUGUAGAACAUAUAUCUAUACACACCUCUGCUAUUUGGUGCUAUUUUCAGUGUGAUAUGUAUUAAAGUAUGGAGUCUUACUAUUGAGAACUAAUACUUAAAAUCAAUUUCAAGAUUAAUUGGUAUAUGCCCAUUAUUAAUCUCAUUGAUGUGGCUAACCGUUGGAUUUUUUAGAUCUGAAAAAAGAAAUCAGAAGCUAUUUGUAACGCUUUUCUCGUGUUAUUCUUUUGCCCUUCCUUUUGGAAUUUUCUUAACCUUUUCUGAAUAUUUUGAUGAUUCUGGACUGGAAAUAGGUGCAUUUGUAUUAGCAAGUAUUGGACUGAUUCCAAUAAUACUCCUUAUCAUUUAUUACAUUAUUGUAGUGUUAAUCUAUUUGGUUAAAUUACCUAAGCAGGCAGAAAACCUUUAAUUUAUUGCUUUUGAGUACAUAAACUUAAACAAUUAUGCAGUUUGGUAUAAUGCUAUAUGUUAUGUCAUAUCAUUUUAUUUGAUUUGUUAUUUUGCCUGGAACGAGCCAGCCACAGCCACAGGAACCAAGAAAGGAACAGUUUAUUAUUAAUUAUAUAUUUUAGAUCAUUGGUUUAUUGAGUAUUCAUACAGUCUUAUUUAUUUUGACAAGCAAUGCUUUAUCUCUUUAAGUAAAGGAGAGAACAUAAGAAGAAAUUGAUUAAUAAUAGAAUUUAACUUAUACUUAGAGGAUCACCAAUAGAAUUCAGGAUGGUACUACAGUUGGCAUUAUACUUCCAUUUAUAGUUUUAUUGCCAAUAGGUCUAAGUGUUGAGAGUGAAGUAGCAAAGAAUGCUUUAUUAGCAAAUUCAAUUGGAGUUCCUUUGUCAGUGUUAUAUUACAAGUUUUAAGUUUCAUUGAAACAAGAGUCAGUCAACUAUUAAUAAUUUAUCCAGCCCCUUGUAGUUAUUGUAGGUUGGACAUUUAUAAUAGGUCCAAUUGGAACUGUAUUUCCAAUUCUUGCUGACUAUUUUGAAAAUUCCUCUCCAGAAUUCGCCUUAUUUGCUUAAUUAGCUGUUGCUUAUUCAAUUUUAAUAAUUAUAAUAAGUGUAACAGUGUUAUCCAUAUUUUAUUCUGUCUUAUUAAACAAAGAACAAUUAGAACUGAAAAAGAAAGAAGUACUCAGAAUGGUAAUGCAUGAAUUUGCUGAAAAUGGUGUUUUUGCAACUGAAGAGAUUUCAUCUUUAUUGUUUGUCAGAUAUGUUCAACAUAGAAAUCCGAUAAAGUUAGAGAAAGAUUUGAUUUAAGGUGAUCCAAUCAAUAUGUAUGAACAUCCAGAACCCAGUGAGAAUCAUAAUAUAAAAAAUAUUCUGGUGACAAAACAAGAUUAUGAAAAUAAAAUGAAAUUAGAAUAAAUUUAAGAGAAUAAAAGAGAAAAGAUAAGAAAGUCCUUGAGUGCAAACAUUACUGACACCUAAUCUCUAACUUCUGCAGAUACAACAAAAUAAGAAGAUAAAGUAGAAAAUCAUGGCAUUUUAUAUCAUUUACAAGAUUGUUUAUUCUCUUGUUUAUUAUGCAGAUUUGGGUAUUAUGAUUUAGAGUAAAUGGAAUUAAAUGAAACCAAUAAACAACUAGAAAUAUCAGAAUUAAAAAAAUUAAAAAUGAUGGAAGAAUAAAGAAUAAUAUACAGAGCUAGAAUAGGGACUGAGAGAAGAUAAUCUACUUUGAUACGUUAAGAUCCCAAAUAUUCCGAUUAAUUUAGCAAUAUUUUAUAUGGAUAAAAGGCAGAAAGAUUCUGGGUAGCUCUUUAUAACAUGUUCUUAAAGUAAGGUGACUUUACAAGACUGUUAGAGAUCUUAGCAUUGGAGAAAGACCCUGAGAUAUUAAAAUAAUAUUCAAGUUAUGAGGAGAAAAACGAAGCAUUUACAAUAUCAGACGAAGAUUUUGGGUUGUUAUUGUACGAUAAUUUUAAAGACAAACAAUAAUCCUAUGAUGAAAUACUUAAAAAGUAAGCAGUUAGUAAUUUCCAUCGUUUAAUUAAGGAAUAUCCUGAAUUAUAUUCAUCACUACCUAAUUUCACUAAUGUUUAGAGUAUGAUUUAAUCAUAAAACUUAACCAAAUCUGAGAAGUUUAAUGAGAGUAGAAAAUGUUUCCACAAAAUAGAAAAUGCAGAAUAGGAUGGAAAUGCUGAAGAAUUUUAAAGGCUUAAUUAGAAAUACGAAUAACAAUUAAAAGAAACAGAAAAUAAAUAUAAAAUGAAGGCACCUAAUGAUUGUGAAAAAAAGAUUUGGACGGCAUGUAAAUGCAUUCAUACUGCGAUUUGGAUAACACCCAAAAAAUAUACUUAGAAUCUUAUGAAUCAAUUAGCAGACCUCUAUAGUAAAAUUGCUCCUAUUGAACCGAAACCCAAUCCGAUAAGUGAGGACUGGAAUAGGAUAGCACCAAAAAUAUGUAAUUGUUUAGUUGAGGAAUUUAAUAAAUUUGACAGAAAAACUAACGAAUAAGAAUAUAAAUUCCAAAUUACUAUCACAAAUUGUUUGGCUGUGUUUUUAAGAUGCUACGAUCUAUACGGAUUGAUAACAUUAGCAUUUGAUUCUCAAGUAGGUUGGUUUGGAAAUAGAUCUGAAUUCAAACCUAUAAAAAUGGUAGAUUAUUCAGCUAUUUGGAGUGAAUACAAUUUUUUCUUCUUUAUGGCUUUGGUGAUGAGUAUUGCUUAUAUAGAUCUAGGAUUAAAAGCUAGUAAAUAAAUAGCUGAUAAUUCAUUUGGUUUUGAUGAAGAUGGGUCAAUAGCAGGUAUUAAGAGUUUAAGAUUCUGGUUGAGUAAAACCAUUUAAGUGAUUAGUGGACAAUUUAUAUUUGUAAUGAAGACAUACAUCGAUGCCUUUAUUUGUGAUUACAGUGAAUACCCAUACACUUUAGUAAGAUAACCCUCAGUAGAAUGUAUGAGUGAUCUACAUUUUUUAUAUAUUACUUUUGCAAUCGUAGGCUGUGGAAUUUACUAUCCUUUGUCGACAUACUUGCAACCCACAUUUCAGUUUAUGGAUCGUUCAUUAGACCUUAAAUAUAAAUCGAAUUUUGUAGUGUUAUACAUACAAGCAAAGCUAUUGAUUUUAGGAUCAAGCUCAGUAUUUUCUAAUUUGUAAGAGUCUGCAUAUUUAUACUAAAUGCUUUUCUCAUUUUUUGUGAUGAGUGGCCUAGUUUAUUUCCAUUUCAAACUUGACCCUUGUUACAUAAAAUGGUUUAAUACGGUAGACAGAUCUUUAUUACUACUUCUAUGUUAUGUAAUUACAAUUAUUUAUCAUAGUUCUACUUUGGGGCAUUCAUUAUUAUGGUUAGCAAAAAUGUCUAAGUUGGCUGGGCUAUAUCUCUAUUUUUUACUUGUUGUACAUUAAUAUACCUGGCUUAUUUCUUGGUUUAAGAGAGAAGGAAAAUUAAGAUAAACUCAUCAACAUAGGUUAGACCAUUAGAUGUUUAGAAUACUAAUUCAGUAAGGAGCACUUGA